CAGUUGCCUCUUGACCCGUCAUCUUCCUGCACAAUUCAAUUUGCAAUACAUGUAUGUGAAUACUGGUAUAGACAAUCGCGUUAAAAUUAGAAAGGAUCCAUCAUGACGAUAUCCAAGCAUGCAGCAGGAUCCACAAUCCACAAAUUGGAUUCGAUUCUCGACAACACAACCCGCCAUAGAAGAGCAAUAGAUUCAUUGAGCUAAAGCAAGAAAGAUUUGAAAGAAACUAGAAACAAUGAGCGACACUGCCGGCAAACCAAUUACCUGCAAGGCCAUGGUGGCUCGUGCCGCCAAGUCACCGUUGGUAGAAGAGACCAUCACUGUGGCUCCCCCCAAAGCAGGCGAAGUCCGUGUCAAGGUCAUGGCCAAUGCGUUGUGUCAUACGGACAUUUACACCCUCGACGGAUUGGAUCCGGAAGGAUUGUUCCCCUCUAUUUUGGGACACGAAGCCGGCUGCAUUGUCGAAUCCGUCGGUGAAGGUGUGACUUCCGUCGCAGUAGGAGAUCACGUCAUUCCAGCGUACACGCCGCAAUGUUGUCAACCCUCGUGUAUCUUUUGUCAAUCGCCCAAAACCAAUCUCUGUCCGGCCAUUCGAUCCACACAAGGACAGGGCGUCAUGCCCGAUGGGACGACUCGAUUUACCGAUAAGGACGGCAAGGAAAUUUUUCAUUUCAUGGGAUGCUCCACCAUGAGUGAAUACACGGUGCUGGCGGAAAUUAGUUGUGCCAAAAUUAACAAGGACGCACCGUUGGAAAAAAUGUGUCUCUUUGGAUGUGGUAUCAGUACCGGACUGGGUGCUGUAUGGAAUACCUGUCAGGUAGAAGUCAAUUCCAGUGUCGCCGUCUUUGGAUUGGGAGCGGUCGGAUUGGCUGUCAUUCAAGGCGCCAAGGCGGCGGGUGCCUCCAAAAUUAUUGGCGUUGACGUGAAUUCCGGCAAGUUUGACCUGGCGAAACAGUUGGGUGCCACGGACUUUGUCAAUCCCAAGGAAGUCGAAGGACCCGUUCAAAAGUAUAUUGCCGGAACCAUGACCAAAUGGGGGGUCGACUACACGUUUGAUUGCACCGGUAAUACCGAAGUCAUGCGAUCAGCGUUGGAAUGUGCUCAUCGUGGAUGGGGGGUGAGUUGUGUCAUUGGUGUUGCUGCAUCGGGACAUGAAAUCUCGACGCGUCCCUUUCAAUUGGUCACUGGUCGUGUCUGGAAAGGAACUGCCUUUGGAGGUUUCAAGUCGAGACGCGAUAUCCCGAUGCUUGUAGACAAAUGCAUGAGUGGAGAGUUGCCUGUGGAUCACUUCAUCACCCACAACUUUGAAGGAGUCGGAAAGACCAAUGAGGCCAUUGAUGCUCUGCAUUCUGGAAAGUGUCUCCGUGCCGUUGUCAAACAUUUCUAAACACGGUACCGGUAUUGAUAGAAGCCUCUCAAAGGAGAGGUAUUGUGGUGUUCGGUACAACCGUUGACACGAAGCUUUAGGCUGUCAUGUAUUGCCUUCGACUCUGCCUACCGGUACAUAGCGGUGGUAAACUUGAAACGACUAGCUUUACGUCUUCUAAUUCUAGAGCAAUCUGCUGGUAAUC